CACCUCUGUUUUCCCAUUGGCCAAAACCCUUCUUCCCAUGUUAUUUUACCCUCCACCACUAAGUAGACACCAAAAGUGCGUCGUCCCUGUGCUCUAAGCACCCAAAAGCAAAUGAAGGUAGCAGCAGUUUGCGUCGUGACUGAGUGAUGCGUGUAAAAGGCAACACAAACAGCCAAUCAGAGCAUCCCUUCUUCAAAAGUUGAGACAUUUAGAAAGCCCUUCUCUCUUUAUCAAUCUCUGCGUACAUGGUUACGUUACUCGUCGUUAUCAGUAUCGCCUUAUGGGAUUUUGAUGAUGAAUCAAUGAUGUAACUUGAAGAUUUCGGAUAUGAAGGUUUCUUUCCGUGGAUGUUAUUUUUUAUUCUUUUGGGGUUCGUAAAACAGCUAUUUCCAGCACUAAUUUAGCGCUUCUACGUUCGAUGUUUUACGAGUUUCGGAUUAAUUGAAGCAGAGCGUAGUAAUCGCGUACUGGCACACAAGUCAUGGAUACGGGUUUUCACCAUGAACAAGCUUUGAGCUCUGCUCUGAAUCGACACGCCAUAUCAUUCCAAACAAGUGCGAUUAACAGCACAACUGAGAUGCUUAUGAUGGGUGAUUACUAUCGGAUGAAUAACACCACUACUACACCAGACAUAAUGUUUUCUGCGAAUUCUGGCAUGUUAAACAACAGUUCAGGAUUCGCAAAAGUUAGGACUUCUAGCGCUUCUUCUCUUUCCGAUACUUCAAUCCCAGGGUUGAAGCAUGACGCAGGUUUGGCUGUAGAGUGGUCUGUUGAAGAACAGUAUAAAUUGGAGGAAGGAAUUUCCAAAUAUGGUGAUGAACCGAGCAUCAUGAGGUAUAUCAAGAUUGCUGCUACAUUGCGUGAUAAAACUGUUCGUGAUGUUGCCCUGAGGUGUAGGUGGAUGACGAGAAAACGAAGGAAACUUGAUGAACUUAAGAUGGGAAAGAAGUUAAAAGAUAAGAAGGAUAAUUUGAUGGAAUCAUCAUCAAAGCCAAGUGUAUCCUCAAUUACAACUUUAAAUGUGGCUCCAUUUUCAGUUACCAUGAAUAACCGAUUCCAGAGUGGUGGCAUUCCUUUUGAAGCGACAAGCUUGUCCACAAGGCAUCUUUUGGAACAAAACAAACAAGUUUUUGGUCAGAUUUCAGCUAAUAUUUCUGCACUCAAGCUACAGGACAAUGUUGACCUCUUUAGCCAUGCCAAGAACAACAUAACUACCAUCUUAAACGACAUGAGAUACAUGCCAGGGCCACCACUGCCUGUAUCACUAAAUGAAGAUCUUGCUAAUACUAUUCUGCCUACUACAAGCCAGACAAUGACGUUUGGGUCAUCAAGCAGAAUGCGUAUGAAGCAAGAACCAGAUUAUUGA